AUGGAAGCUUCAGCUUCAUUGUCAAACCUACCUCAGGACAUCAUUCGACAUAUACUUUUGCAGUUGCCGGUGAAGUGUGUGAUUCGAUGCCAGUGCGUAUGUAAACAGUGGCGUUCAUUGAUAGACGAUUCAGAUUUCAAGUUCUCGUAUCGUGGACAACUUCGAAUGAUCCUCCUCUCCCCCGAAUUCAAAAGCAAGGAUCGCUGGAGGAGGUCGAUAGUUAAAUCUACAAGCCAUGAUCUUCGUCUUCGAAGGCAUAAAUGGCCGUUCGGAGAGGAGUCUCCAUUGAUUCGUGAAGACAAUCUUAGAGUUUUGUGUUCUUGCAACGGGCUUGUGCUUCUUCUUCGGGUGGGUACGGAAGAUAUUUGGUUGUGGAACCCGUCCACCAAGUGUUCGACGAAAGUGCUCGAGUCUCCAUAUCCGGAGGAGUUUAACCAUAUUUAUCUUGGAGGGCUAUGCUACGACUCAUGCACUAGCGAUUACAAGGUCGUCCUAUUAAUACACCCCAUUGGAUUUGAUCCUUUUGAAUUUGGCUAUCCAUUUUAUCCAUUUUUCAUCUCUGCCAGCUUCAAACACAAAAAGUGGCGACAAGUGCAGUUCCCUUGUAACUCGAAAUCUGUUAGAGCCGGCCUUGAGUUUCGCAAUACAUUUCAUUGGUGGGCAAGUGACAUGAAAGAUUGGGAUUGGUAUAAGAAUUACUCGUCGGAUAGGAAUAAGAUCGUAUAUUUUGAUCCUGCACAUGAUGAAUUCAGAAUUUUGCCUUUGCCCACCCCCGAACUAAGCAAAAACUUCUCGAUAUUCGGGUUGGGGGUUAUAGAUGACUGCUUAUGCAUGGCCGCAUGCUUGGUUCAUGAUGAGGAAGAAGAACCCAAAAUCAAAACAAUAUGGAUUAUGAAGGAAUAUGGUAGACAAGAAUCAUGGAUGAUUGCAUUUACUAUGCAAAUGCCUGAACUUGGAGAUAUUUAUGGGAGUUAUGGCUUAACAUUCUAUUCUCAAAAGAAGAAUUUUAAUUUCAAGACUUUGAAUAUCAAUUUUGCUUUCUUUAUUGGGUUCGAGGCUUUGAACAUUUAUGAAGAUCAGAGGAGAAUACUCUUUGGGUGA